AUGAGACUGGCCCUCCUGGCCUUCAGACUGAUGUGCUUGGCCUGGCUGUGGCCCCUCACCCACAACAGCAGCCACUCAGCAAAAAAGAGGAGACACAAGGAGCACAUUGGAGAGAGCACCAAGCAGAAGCAUGGAGGACGAGUUGAUCUUAAACUGAAAAAGCUGGACAGCACCAAGUCUCUGCUAAUUAAAUCUGAGCAGCUGCUUCGGAUUGAAGAUCAUGACUUUGCAAUGCGGCCUGGCUUUGGAGGUUCUGCUAUUCCUGUCGGCAUUGAUGUUCAGGUGGAGAGCAUUGACGGUAUAUCUGAAGUAAACAUGGACUUCACCAUGACGUUGUACCUGAGGCAUUACUGGCAGGACGACCGCCUGGCCUUCCCCUCCAGCAGCAAUAAGAGUCGUACCUUCGACGCACGUCUUGUGAAGAAGAUUUGGGUUCCUGACGUGUUCUUCGUCCACUCUAAGCGUUCUUUUAUCCACGACACAACCAUGGAGAACAUCAUGUUGAGGGUUUUUCCUGAUGGCAAUAUUCUCUACAGUGUCAGGAUCACGGUGACUGCACUUUGCUCCAUGGACUUCAGUAGUUUCCCUCUGGACACACAGAAUUGCUCUCUGGAGCUGGAGAGCUAUGCUUACAAUGAAAACGACCUGAUGCUCUACUGGAAGAAUGGGAAUGAUUCUUUAAGGACUGACGAGAUCGUGCUCUCUCAGUUUUUUGUUGAAGAUUUCCAGCCUUCCUUCGGGCUCGCCUUCUACAGCAGCACUGGUUGGUACAAUCGGCUCUACAUAAACUUCCUUCUCAGGAGGCACAUCUUCUUCUUCAUGCUUCAGACAUACUUUCCCACCAUGCUCAUGGUGAUGCUGUCCUGGGUGUCUUUCUGGAUAGACAGGAGGGCUGUACCUGCCCGUGUCUCUCUGGGCAUCACCACGGUCCUGACGAUGUCCACCAUCAUCACCGGUGUCACAGCCUCUAUGCCACAGGUGUCUUACGUCAAGGCCGUAGACAUCUACCUGUGGGCCAGCUUCCUGUUUGUCUUCCUGUCUGUCAUCGAGUACGCUGCUGUCAACUACUUCACUACCGUGGAGGAGAUGAAGAGGCUCAGGAAGGCAAAGAUCCCAGACUCCUACGACGCCAACCAGGCUAUGGCGUUCGAUGGCUGUUUCCAUGACAAUGACAUCGACCUGACUCCUUUUCCAGACACAACCAGCACCUCAAACACAGAGAGGAACACGCAGUCUCGAAACUCUACCGUCUCCGGACCCACCGAGGGAACGAGGCUACGCCGCAAGCACCCUUUACUACAAAACCUUAGCUUCAUCAUGAGCAACAGCUACAUGAUCGACUCCUACUCCAGAGUCAUCUUCCCCCUGGCUUACCUGCUCUUCAACAUCAUUUACUGGAGUAUGUAUGCAUCGUAA